CGGUUUGACCAUGGACCCUGAGUACAGCCUCCAGGAUGUGGUACGGUGUCAUCACUGUGAGACCCCAGUCCCCCCUCUACACUGUGUCAUUUGUAACAUACAUCUGUGUGAAGACUGUGAGGGGAAACAUCUCUCUAAUAAAUCCAAACUACACAAAGUGGUGCCAUUCAAAUAUCGGGGAGCUUUUACUUAUUGUCAAAAACAUUCAACAAAAACAUGUGAACGUUUCUGUGAACAAUGCAUCAUUCCUAUUUGUAAACUCUGUGUUUCUUCUAAGGAACACCAAACUCAUCAUGUAGUGGACAUUUUGGAAAGUUUAAAAAACAAAAAACAAUUCUUACAGCAAGAUUUACAAGAUUUUGAAAAAUUUAUUUAUCCUAAAUAUAAAGAGAUUUUAUCUAGCAUUUCAGAACAAAAGGUAGAUCUUAAUGAAAACUCCCAGAAAUUGACAACAGCAAUCAACAAACAUGGAGAAGACUGGCACAGAGAAAUAGACACCAGUAUACAGAAACUGAAAUCUGAUCUUGAUGAAAUGGACUCCAAACACCUGGCUGUCCUAAAUCAAAAGGAAGAUGAAAUCAAACGCACCAUUUCUGAAAUCACACAGAGCAUUGCUGAUCUGAAUACGUUACUUGAUUCCAAUGAUGUCAGCCUUGUCUCUGCGUACAAACCCAGAAAUGCUGAAUUUAGAAGAUUGCCUCCUAAACUCACAGUGUCCUGUCCAAGUUUUACCCCUCAGAAGAUCAACAAAGAACAGCUAUAUCAACAGUUUGGUUCUCUGUCAGCAUCAUCUAUCAGAACAGAAGAACAUGGCUACACAAUGAAUUUUUUCUCGAAAACACCGCUCAUUGAUGAACCACGAAUCAUCACAGAGAUAAAUACCGAGUAUAAAGUAUUUAAUAGGUCAUUACAUAAUGUUUCAUGUGUGAGUGAUCAAAAUGUAUGGAUAUGUCGUUUUAAUGAUUCUGUGAUGAGACUAUACGAUCUGCAGGGCAAACUACUGAAUUCAAUCCAAUCUAAGUCAGGGAACAAUUCAUUGGACAUAGCAGUGACAAGGAGCGGGGAUUUAGUUUAUACUGAUUUAGAUGAUAGAACUGUGAAUAUAGUGAACAAAUCACAAAUGCAAACAGUGAUCAGACUGCGAGGGUGGAAGCCUCGUAAUGUUUGUAGUACCUCAUUUGGUGACCUACUUGUUGCCAUGGACGAUAAUUACGGUAAACAAGCAAAAGUUGUACGCUACUCUGGCUCCAAAGAGAAACAAAAUAUUCAAUACGAUGACAAAGGACACCCUCUAUAUUCCUCUGGUGACUUUAAAUACAUCAUUGAGAACAGGAACCUAGAUAUCUGUGUGUCGGACCAUGGAGCUGGUGCAGUAGUGGUGGUAAAUCAGGCUGGGAAACUCCGGUUUACCUACACCGGUCCUCCCUCUACUACCAAGGGAUCAUUUAUACCAUACGGCAUCACAACAGACAGCCACAAUUGGAUCAUGAUAGCAGAUUUAUACAACCACCGUAUCCACAUCCUGGAUCAGGAUGGACAGUUCCUCCGCUACAUUUGCAACUGUCAUUUAAAAAGUCCAUGGGGUUUAUGUUUGGACACCAGAGACAACCUCUUUGUGGCCGAGUGCUCUACGGGUAAAGUGAAGAAAAUACAAUAUUACAUAUAAAGAAACU